AUGGAGUCUGAUACUUCCGAGUUCACAAUACGGGAUUAUAAUGAAUCAAAACAUGAAAGAAUCCAACAAGAACACGGCUUUGAAGACACUAGCUCAAUUCACAAAAUACCUCCAGAAGUGUUGUUAUUGAUAUUUUCAAACAUUUCUCAUAAACCUGAUUUGGUGCCGCUCUUGCUUGUGUGUCGAAGAUGGGCUAAUUUGAUUGUUGAACUGAUUUGGUUUAGACCGUCCUUAAUGGACAAGGGUGCUCUGGAUGGCAUCUCUAAAGUUAUGAAAAUGAAUAGACAAGAAACCCAUUGGGAUUAUCGACUAUUUAUACGUCGUUUAAACCUUUCUUUUAUCUAUGAUAAAGUGAAUGACAAUUUUUUGAAUUUGUUUUCCGGAUCGACGAAUUUAGAAAGGUUAACGUUGGUGAAUUGUUCCAAGCUUACCCAUGAACCAAUAGUUGAUAUAUUACAAGGCUGUGAAAAGUUACAAUCAAUUGAUAUGACAGGGGUAAGAGAUAUAACCGAUGAAAUCUUUGCUGCCUUAGCUGAUAACUGCCCAAGAUUACAAGGCCUUUAUGCUCCAGGCUGCCCCAAAGUUACCAAUCCAGUUUUACUUAAAAUAAUUGAUAGCUGCAGAAUGCUUAAAAGAGUCAAGAUAUCAGACUGUGAGAACUUAUCGGAUGAUUCAGUAUUAGAACUGACUAUGAAAUGUAAAUUUUUGAUUGAGGUUGAUGUUCAUAAUUGUCCAAAUAUAACGGAUUUUGCUUUGCAAAGAUUAUUCAAUGAAUUGGAACAGUUGAGAGAAUUCAGAAUUUCACAUAAUCCAAAUGUUUCAGAUGCUUUAUUUAGAAGCAUGGCAGAAGAUACUUAUAUGGAACGUCUAAGAAUUAUUGAUUUUACAGGUUGUUUAAGAAUAACAGACAGAACCGUGGAAAAGAUUGUUCAAUGUGCACCACGCUUAAGAAACGUUGUUUUAUCCAAAUGUCUGAAUGUGACAGACACAUCAUUAAGAGCAUUGGCAACGUUAGGAAAAAGUUUACACUACAUCCAUUUGGGACAUUGCAGCAGCAUAACAGAUUAUGGGGUUUCAACAUUAAUUAAAAACUGUCAUCGUUUACAGUAUAUUGAUUUAGCUUGCUGUGCGCAAUUGACUAAUAUCAGUCUGGUUGAAUUAUCACUGCUUCCAAGACUAAGAAGAAUAGGUUUAGUGAAGUGUGCAAAUAUUAACGAUGCCGGAAUUUUAGCGUUGAUUCAACGUCGUGGUUACGAUGAUACUUUAGAAAGAGUACAUUUAUCGUAUUGUACCAAUAUUGGUCUUUAUCCUAUCUAUCAGCUCUUACAAUCAUGUCCAAAAUUGACACAUUUAUCAUUGACUGGUAUUUCAGCUUUUUUGAGACAAGAUAUCACCCAAUUUUGUCGUUCCCCACCAGCUGAUUUUACUGACCAUCAAAAGGGUUUAUUUUGUGUGUUUUCAGGACAAGGUGUCAAACUUUUAAGAGAUUACAUGACAAGAUUAUUCCUUGCUCCAAAUAAUAUGAUUAUUCCAAACGGAUUAUCAGCUUUAGGACAAGAUGGGAUACAAGGGGCUGCACAAACACAUUUACAACACUUUCAAAGACUAAAUGAGUUUUUUAGACAAGCCAUUCCAAACAGACAAGCAAUUGAUCGUAUCCCUGACACUGAAACCAUCAACGAGGUUGAAGUUCCUCAAGCGAAUCCAAUUGUUCAGGAUGAAGAUGAGAUCAUGUAUGAAUCUGAAUAA